AUGAUGUAUCGGCGCUCCCACAGAAAGUCUCGCAGGGGUUGCGCGGAAUGUAAACAACGCCACAUUAAGUGUGAUGAGACCCAGCCAAAAUGUGUAAACUGCACCAUAGUGGGUCGGGCGUGCGUAUUCCCUACACCCGCGAAGCCCAAACACUCGAAAAGCUCGAAAAGAGUCAAGGGUUCUUCCACUCUUUCUUCUGGAGGAACUUCGCCGACAAUCGAUACGGCCCCCGGAUCCUCAGAUGAGCAAACUCCCGCAGCCAUCCCUGCUCCAGAAUUGGUCCACCUGGCGCAUCGCUCGCGCGAUGUCUCCAAUACACUGUCUUCAUCCCCGGAUGUCGCAGUCAACAUGUACCAUAUGAAGUUGCUGGUCCAUUUCUCGCUGGACCUUGCUAUCCCAGAGCUUGAACAUAAUCUUCUAGAGCAGAGCACCCGCCUUGUAUUGAAGACCGGCGCUGAGGUACCCUAUCUUCUUCACGAGAUUCUCUCCUUAUCAUCUCGUCAUCUGUCCCUGAUUGAAGUCGAAAAAAAUUCUGAGUACCUCAACCUGGCGGUUCAGCUGCAGACCCAAGCAAUAUCUUUAUUCAAUGCCCAGAGAGUCUGCAUCAAUGAGGUCACAUGCGUACCCAUGGUUCUGUUCUCCUCAAUCCUUGGCCGCCACCUUUGCAUAGACGCCCUUGCAUUUCGCAGCCCUGACCUUGGCGCUUUCCUCAAUCAUUACGUCAGGUUCUUCCAAAUACACAGAGGGGCGAAAAUGAUUGUCAACCGGGCGUGGCCUCUCUUGAAAAAGUCUGACCUAUGCCCUCUGAUGGCCUGGGGAGUGGGGCUCGGUCGUCUAAGAAGCCAUGGACAUCAUUGCGACGGCAUACUAGGGUUGCUUUCCGUCUCAAAAGACACAUCCGCCGCCUCAUUGGAAACUUGCCGUAAGGCAAUUGAGUUUAUUCAGAUUGCCAUGGAUGAUGUGGCGGUUCGGAUGUUCACGCAAGCCAAGCAUCUGUACCAGAUUGUUUUCUCAUGGUCCUUAUUGGUUCCCGAGUCUUUCGCUGACAUGCUUGCACAGCGGAGACCAGAAGCAAUCGCGGUCCUGGCACAUUACGCAGCAAUUUUACAUCUGGCCAGAGACUUAUGGCAAAUCGGUGAUUCAGGUGCAUAUCUCUUCGAGGUCAUUUCUAAACACCUCGGCGCUGCAUGGGAAGAGUGGAUUGCAUGGCCACGAAGUAUUAUAUGUCCGAAUACUGCUGCGCUAUCUGCUGAUGAAGGCUAA